GGACCCGUUUCAUCCCGGUUGAUGUUGUAGAUUUUUUUUAUUUUUAAAAUAAUUGUCCAAAAAACAUUCGCCCGCGGGAAAUUUGCAGAUUCUGUCGAAAAGCAUUUACACGACUUGCCUUAAUACCGGUCACGAUCAAACAAACGGCCAACUCCAGUGAGUCUUUUUAAAAAACCAUUCAGUUUGGUGGUCCGGAAGCCGUUAUAUUUUGUCGCUCGUCGUUGUUCCAUUUCAACCCGUCCAGGUUUACCAUAACAUGUACCGAUGACCCGUAGUAUGUGUGUUGUUAUUGCGUCAACGGUCGAAAAUGAUAGAUUCGUCUUUGCACGCCAACAGCAGCAAUGAAGAAUCGGACACCGCCGACUGGUUGCCAAAUUCGUUUUUGCGUUUUUUCCAACAAGACCUCAGUAACGUUCCCGUUAAGAUAUUAGCUAGUAUACCAAAGUGUGGUGGCUGUCAAGAAUUAAUUCUGGACAGAUUCAUCCUAAAGGUCCUAGAACGGACUUGGCACGCGCGUUGCCUUAAGUGCAGUGAGUGCGGAGCAACACUGGCCGACAAGUGUUUCGCCAGAAACGGAAUGCUCUUCUGCAAAGACGACUUUUUUAAGAGGUACGGGACAAAGUGCGCCGGUUGCGAUCUGGGAAUUCCGCCCACGCAGAUCGUCCGUAGAGCUCAGGACCUGGUUUAUCACCUGCAAUGUUUCGCUUGUGUCAUGUGCGGUCGAACGUUGAACACGGGCGACGAGUUCUAUUUGAUGGAGGACAGGAAACUGGUGUGCAAGCCCGACUACGAGGCGGCUAAGACAAAAGAGGGCGGAUGCUUGGACGGCGAUCAACCGAACAAACGUCCGAGGACGACCAUCACGGCCAAGCAGUUGGAAACGCUCAAAAUGGCGUACAACAACAGUCCCAAACCGGCCAGGCACGUCAGGGAACAGUUGAGCCAAGAUACCGGAUUGGACAUGAGGGUAGUUCAAGUGUGGUUCCAAAACAGACGAGCAAAAGAAAAAAGGCUGAAAAAAGAUGCUGGCAGAUCUCGUUGGAGCCAAUAUUUCAGAACCAUGAAGGGUUCGAUAUCGCCUCGAAAUGACAAAGACGAUCUCAAGGUUGAUCUCGACUCAAACUUUAGUCAUUCACACGACUUGGAAAGCAACGACAGCUACGGCACUAGCACACUGACAAUCGACCAAGAACACAGUUCGCCGUUGCCGGGCAGUCACCAUCACAAGUUCUUGCCCGGUAACUCGUCGCCGUCUUCGCGUCAGUACAUGUCGUCGCCCUCGCAACACGUUACCACGUUUGCGGCCGACAACGGUUACAUCACCGUAGGUCCGACACAUUCCGCUCCGUCAGAGCUGAGUGACAACAGUAGCACUCACGGUUUCGCGGAUUUCCCACCGAGUCCGGAUUCAUGGCUGGGAGAAACACCGCACAGAUACUAAAAGAACAGAUUAUCAAUUAUUAUUAUUACUAUUAUUAUCAAUAUUAUUGCUAAAAAAUAAUAUUGAUUAAAAUUUAACGAUAACGACGAAAACACAUUAUCAAACAAGUACAAAUAAAAAUGUAAUAUAAUAUUGUGUUUAAUUAUUUAACUAAAGUAAAACGGAUAUUAUAUAUAUAUAUAAAUAAUAAACGGUUAACAGGCGAGAUUCGACCGACGGGUGUGAUUUUACGAUACCUAAUUAUUUUAUUCGUAAACGCGUUUUAGAUCACAUUGUACAUAAUAUAAUAUAGGUAAGCGCAAAACACUGUAUAAGUAAAUUUUUUUACGAUUUUUUUUUUGUAAUCAUAUUGUUUAUUUAAGAGGGACCGAACGGUCGGGUUGAUUAUUAUUAUUACCAAUUUAUUAUCACCUAAUCGUGUUUAGGAACGUUUCCUGUAUAAUUAUUAUUAUGUCAUGUGAAAUGUGAAAUGUGUAUCAAUCCUAUUAUUAUUAUUAUUACUAUCAUCAUUAAUAUUAUUAUUAUUAUUGCCUUCCUACCUACCUACGUACCUAUCAGUAACACUAUCCCUGUAUUGUACUACCUACUCUAUUAAUAAAACGGCACAAAUAUAAAAUAUGUUGUGAAAAAAAUCGUUUCGUAGGUCAAUAGAUAAAUUAUAUUAUUUUGUACAGUUAAUGUGUUGUGUUCAGCCUUGUGUACAUAAAUUAUUAUUAUUAUAACCGUAGUUGUUCUUGUAUUACCUAUUUCGAGUUUAUACUACAUUAUAAUUAUUUUGCAAAAAUCUAUAUCGUUUUUUCUGCAAUUUGUAUUAUGCGUACAAUUAUUAUUAUUAUUGUUACUAUUAUUGUAACCAUUAAA